AUGGCGUGGCUCGCAGCAGCAGCAAAAGGUCAGCUUGCAGAUGCAGAAGAGAAGCAGCUGCAGCAGCGAAGGGGUUCAGCAGCAGCAGCAGCAGCAGCAGCAACAGCAGCAGAGCUGCAGGCUGCACCCCUAAUAGCAGAAGCAGCAUCCACAGCAACGGACGACAUCUGCUUGACCCCGAGAGCAGCAGCAGGAGCAGCAGCAGCAGACGAAGCAGCAGCAGCAGCAGCAGCAGCAGCAGCAGCAGCAGCAGCAGCAGCAUCUCCUGCUGUACGUACACCUCGGGGUGAGUGCCGCCGCAGCCCAGGCAGCGUAUCUCCCUCUCCUUCUGUUUUCUCUCCUGCUGCUGCUGUUGCUGCAGCAGGGUCGUUCUCCCCAGCAGCAGCAGCAGCAGCAGCAGCAGCAGAAGCAGCAAGAGGCGGUACUCUCUCCCCUGCAGCAGCAGCAGAGGAAGCAGCAGCAGCACAAGCAGCAGCAGCAGCAGCAAGAAGUGUGUGGCUAGGACACAGCAGCAGCUCGCUCCGCCUUGAGCAGCUGCAGCAGCUGAAAGACGAAGUAACAACAAACAGAAGAAAAAGGCAGCAACGCAGGCAGCAGCAGCAGCAGCAGCUGCUGCAGCAGCAGCAGCAACAGCAGCAGCAGCAAGGGAAACAGCAGCAGCAGCAGCAGCAACAGCAGCAGCAGCAGCAGGAGCCGCAAACCCCACAAACCGAGCAGAAGCUGCAGCAACGAAGGCCGCUGCGCACGCAGCAGCGGCGGCAGCAACAGCAGCUACUGCAGCAGCAGCAGCAGCAGCAGCAGCAGCAACAGCAGCAGCAGCAAAGUGCUGCGGGCCCCCGAGCAGGAGAAAAAGAUAAACGCGCAAAGCUUAUAGACUACAGGGGGAGGUAA